GUUUUUUUUCAGCUACCUCUGCUUCUUCACUAGAGUCUAGAGUCGCCCCAUCAUUCCCAAGAUUAAGUCUUCCUCAACUUAACAUCGGAGUAGAGGUUUAAACCUCCUCCUCGCCAUGCUACCUGACGCUUGCUGCUUCUACUUCUGUUAAUUAUGGCCGCAUUCGAUUCUGAAGCUCACUAUAAAUCGGGCGUUGUCCCGCUUGAGAGAAAGAGACCUAGAACUAUUGCUUGGGAUGAUGUCUUGAAAUUCUCUAAGGAUUUCUUCGCCGGAGCUUCUGCCGCUGCUAUAGCGAAAACAGUUAUUGCUCCUAUGGAACGUGUCAAACUAAUACUGCAGUUACAAACUGCACAAACGACAUUAGCACCUGAAAAGCGCUACAAAGGAGUCAUUGAUUGUUUUCUUCGCGUUCCGAGAGAACAAGGAAUCCUAUCAUUCUGGAGAGGAAAUUGGGUUAACAUCCUUAGAUCGUGUAGUCAGGAAUCACUAGGAUUUGCUUUCAAAGAUUUUUUCAAAAUCUGGAGCCUUGGUGGUGUUGACGCAAAGAAUCACUAUUAUCGUUUCUUACUUGGAAACAUCGCCGCUGGUUCUGCUGCUGGUGUGACAACGUUUUGCAUAAUUUACCCUCUUGAUUUUAUUCGUACAAGAUUGGCUAUCGAUUUGGGAAAAGAGAAGAAGGACCGCGAGUUCAGAGGUAUGUUUGACUGUGUGAAGAAGAUAGUAAGGCACGAUGGUAUAUUUGGAAUGUACAAAGGUCUGCUGCCAUCUCUCCAGUACAUCAUCAUAUACCGAGGUGCUUACUAUGGCCUCUUUGACACUGCGAAACCCUAUAUCUCUAAGGAUGGACGGACUUUAGGAUUUUGGCGAGCAUUCGCAGCUGGACAGGUUGUGACAUUUGUGGCAGCGAUGCUUUCUUACCCACUGGACACAAUCAGACGACGACUUAUGAUGGGAGCAGGAAAGAAAGAUUUCUUUUAUAAAGGAACACUUGACUGUGCCAAGUAUAUCUACGUUAACGAAGGAAUGAGAGCGUUUUUCCAUGGUGCUAUGAUAAAUGCAAUGCGAGGAACUGGUGCAGCUCUUGUACUUGCUCUCUACAACGAGAUGACGAAAUUUAUGGGAUAAUGAUACAUCGCUCUAUAACCAAUUUGUUAGCUCAGGAUCGCUAGGAGUUUUUGUUUGUUAAACAUAGUUUUUGUGCAUGAAGAGCUUCCCAAAUUGUCAUACAUCUAGUCAGUCUACCUCUGACACUUUAACUUAACCAAAAUUUUUUUCAUGCGAUGGAGCUCAUCUUGUCACUUACAACUGUUUUUUCUUCAGAUAAGAUUCGCCUUGGUUCUUUGAAAGUAGUAACACUAACUCAGUAUUGUGUAUCUGUGUGUAGCCGAGGGCUUGUUACUGAAUAUGUUUUGAUUGUUUCUGUGCAGUUUGUGAUUUUUGAGACUGCUAAGCUCAGAUGGGUAUUGUUAGAGAUUGGAUUGUUCUUUUAGUGCCCAA